AUGGUGGCAAAAUGGCAAGACAGGGACAGAAUCCAGUCACAACUCUGCGACAAUGACACACGCAGCUUAUGGCAAGGUCUGCACACCAGCGCAAACUUCAAGAGGAAACGUGGCAGUACUGCCAGCAUUGCCGCCUCGCUCCUGGACAAGCUAAAUGUUUUUUACGCCCGAUUCAAGGUUGAUAGGAUUAAACCCCCGAGGAGAGCUGCCGACGAGACCUGCACCUUGGUCAUCUCCGAGGCUGAGGUACAUAGAACAUUCCGACGUGCCAACAGCCAGAAGGCAGUGGGGCCGGACGGGAUCCCAGGGCGGGUCCUCAAAGUGUGUGCUGAACAGCUGUCUGACCACCACAACACAAUCAACCAGACUUCUCAUAUUCUAAGAGGCUCCUUCAAGAUAACUCAAGGAGCCUUGUACACAGCUCAGUUACAGAACAAAUCAUCACUCCAAUUCAAGGCUCUCGCAUUUGAUAUCACAAAUUUGCUCCAGGAAAUGUAUAUGCUGGGACAACUCCAAGAUCAGUACAAAAACUGUGAGAUUCUGGAGUUUCGGAAUGGCAGUGUAGUUGCAUUUUUCGAGCUCUACUUCGCCACCGCUGUGUCAAACACCACUGUAAGGAACGAGAUGGUGGCAACCAUCAAUGCAAAUGAGGGGUCAUUUCUGGGAAACUUUCGAGUAGACCUGGACAGUAUUCAGAUCACAGACCAGUGUUUUCCAGGAAGCUGGAUGUGUGGCGAUGGGAAGACUUGCAUAAAUCAAAGUUUGUUGUGCGAUGGAGAAGCUGAUUGUCCGGAUGCCCAGGAUGAAGACGAAGAAUAUUGUGCUACACCCUGUGAUGGGAAGUUUCUACUGACUGGCGACUCUGGCUCGUUCCAUUCUCUCCACUACCCUAAGCCCCAAGGUCGGAAAAUUUUCUGCAGAUGGGUCAUCAAAGUUGAACCAGGCCUUUAUAUAAAAGUGAACUUCACUGAAUUUCAAACAAGUGAAUGGACUUAUCUCCUAGACCUCUACCAGGGAUUGGGCCCAAGGAAAGAAUUAGUUGCCUCACUUUCAGGUACCAAUCCUGGCUCAGUAAGGAUUUUUUCCAACCAGGCUACGGCAGAGAUCUCUUCUUUUCGGAAUUGCCGUGAUUUUGGUUUUGAUGCAAAAUUCACCGUGUUCAACAUCUCUGCAGUCAGCAAUCAGGAGAAAAUAGACUGCGAUUUUCAAGAUGGAUUUUGCUAUUGGAGACAAGAUCCAACAAAUACAGUUGAUUGGGAGAUAAUGAGUGGCCCUUCCUACCCGCCAUUCUCUGGGCCGACUGAUGAUCAUACAUUUGGGAACCAAUCAGGGUUUUAUGUUGUGGUACCCAAUAGGCCUUUUGAUAAGAUCCGGCUCUACAGUCCUGUGUUAUCCACUGAUACCAACCCUUCGUGUCUCAGUUUCUGGUACCACAUGUAUGGAAGGAAUGUCGCCACCCUGCGGGUUUACAUCACCCUCGAUGAGGUCGAGGGGUUUGUAGUGUUCGAGAAGGAUGGAAAUUAUGGGGAUCAGUGGAACUACGGGCAGCUGACAAUAAAUGAAACUACAUCAGUCAGGGUUGUCUUCGAGGUUGCAAAGCGUUAUUGGAUCCAGUCUGACAUUGCACUGGAUGACAUUUCCCUCACAACCGGGGCCUGCAAUGAUAGUGGAUACCUAGAACCAACAGCAAAACCAAAGCCCACGCAGCCCCCAGCCGGGCCAACUGACUGUGGCGGUCCACUGGAACUGCGCGAACCAAACACCACCUUCAGUUCUGUCUAUUACCCCAGGAACUACGUGAAUAGGGCAUUUUGUACCUGGAAUUUAAUUGCAGACAAGGGGAAAAAUAUUCAGCUCCACUUCGAAGAUUUCAGUUUGGAAAAUAUUCUUGAUGUGGUAGAAGUCCGAGACGGAAGCGGAACAGAUUCUCUCCUGAUGGGUGUAUUCACCGGUGAAGGGCCAUUUGAUGAUCUCUUCUCCACCAAGAAUGAGAUGACAGUUCUCUUCACCUCAGACAAGUCAGUAACUAGAAGAGGAUUCCAGGCAAACUUCACCACGGGGUAUCGAUUAGGGCAGCCAGCUCCCUGUUCUCCAGCUGAAUAUCGGUGUAGGAAUGGUCAAUGUCUCACCAUGCGAAAGCGAUGUGAUGGCCCGCGAGACUGUGAAGAUGGGUCUGAUGAGGACCACUGUGUGCGCCUGUUCAAUGGAUCUCAGAGCAGUGAAGGGUUGGUGCAGUUCAAGACAAACAAUGAAUGGUGCUCAGUGUGUUCAGGUCAUUGGACAGAAACAUUGUCAAACUCCAUAUGUCAGCUGUUAGGUUACAGAAACAGCAAUGAAACAGCAACAAUUCGUGACCCGGGCAACGGGUCCUUUGUACUGGUGGUUAAUACAAGUGGAGUUAUAGAUCUUACACCAAGUGAGAAGUGCCCGAAUUAUACUGUUUACCAGAAGUGCAAUAGGAAACCUUGUGGGAGGGUGCUGGUGCCACUGGCUAAUGCCGGUAGGAUCGUCGGUGGUAACAACGCGACAGAAGGCUCUUGGCCAUGGAUUGUGUCCCUCCAGUUUGUCGGUAGACACUUGUGUGGAGCCACUCUGAUCAGCAGGCAGUGGGUUGUUUCUGCAGCCCACUGCAUGUACGGGAGGAAUCUCAUACCCUCACAGUGGAAGGCAGUGUUGGGUCUCCACAACCAAAUGAAUCUCACCUACCCCCAGACCCGGGUCCAACUGAUUGAUCGUAUCCUGAUAAACCCUCAUUACAAUAAAAGAACUAAGGACAGUGACAUUGUCUUGUUGCACUUGGAAUCCCCCGUAAACUACACAGAGUACAUCCAACCCGCUUGCCUCCCAGACAGGAAGCAACAUUUCCCCCCGGGGCAGAUAUGCUCCAUCGCUGGCUGGGGUGCAAUGAUACAAGGUGGUCCAUCUGCACCUAUCCUUCAGCAGGCGAAGAUUCCUCUCGUAGCCAAUGAAAAGUGCCAGGAAAAUUUGCCGCAGUAUAACAUUACACCAAACAUGAUGUGUGCUGGUUAUUCUGAAGGAGGUACAGACACGUGCCAGGGAGAUUCUGGAGGACCCCUCAUCUGUAAACAAGACAAUCAGUGGUUUCUGGCUGGAGUGACGUCAUUUGGGCACGGAUGUGGGCUGCCCCAGAGUCCAGGGGUCUAUGCCCGAGUCACAGAAUUCAUUGACUGGAUACAGGAGUUCCUUAUUUUAGCUCACCUCUGA